CACGUGUGGACGCGGCGGGUCUUCAAAGGGGGACAGCUCUGGGAUGGAGGCCCCCCUCAGGCCAAGGCCAGCCGGGGACCCUCCGGAGGAGCAGCAGCAGCAGCAGCCAGGAGGAGAGCCCCCCGGGAAGAGGAGGAGGAGCAGCAGCAGCAGCUCCCCAGGGCCAGCCAUGGGACCCCCCUCCUCCUCGGCGCCUCAGGAGGGUCUUCUCCUGGCAGCAGCUUAUGUCUAUGAUGCCCAAUACAACAGGAACAUCCCAUUUGAGACCUCACCACAAGCAGUCAGGCUUUACUAUCUCUACAACCACUGGUCUAUGCAAGCAGCCACCUACUUCUUUAUUUUCUUGGACCUUGCACUUGCACUAUUUGAGGAACCUGCUGUGUAUUUACUUCCCUUCUUGGCUACCUCACUGGUUGAAGUCUUAUGCCUCUUAGUCUUUUUUGGAAGACUAGUCCAUUUUGCACAAGUUACUCCUCGCACGGUAUUCUGGAAGGAUACAAAGAACAUCUGCAUCAUGAUAACAAUACUGGUAACUUUGAUUGACAUAAUUGUCUAUGGUGCUCUUAGGAUCUCAACUAUUCGUGGCAUCCGGUGGUCAAGACCUUUGCGACCCAUUUUUUUAAUAAAUUUUGCAGAAAGUCGUCAGAUCCGACGAGCUUUCCGUAGCAUCCGAAACACUCUGCCAGAGAUCACCUACGUCUUUUUACUGUUUAUGUUCAGUGUCCUGAUGUUUUCUCUUAUGGCUCUGAAGCUGUUUGGGGACAGGAAUUUGAAGACUGUGGAAGGCUCUCCGUAUUUUACAGAUUACCUUGAAAUUGUGUUUGAUAUGUAUGUGCUGGUGACCACUGCAAAUAGCCCCGAUGUCAUGAUGCCAGCCUAUGACUUUAGUUGGUGGUACUGCCUGUUCUUCAUAGUCUAUGUUAUAAUCAACACAUACAUCUUCAUGUCUGUUUUCUUGGCUGUUGUGUACAACAAUUACAGAAAACACCUGAAGAAUGAGAUCCGCAAACUUGCUUAUAUGAAACGUCGCAAGAUGAUAGAAGCUUUCAACCUCUUGAAGGUCAAAGAAGGAGGAGAGUUUGUUGUCAAAGAAGACCAGUGGAAGCAUCUUGUAAAACUAGUGGCACCUCACAUCAGCACAUCCCACCGAGAGCUCCUGUUAAGGAUAUCUGAUGAAGAACAGAAAGGAUGUGUGGACAAAAAAUCUUUUAUACGUCUAGCUGAUCUCUUGAAUAUACAGGUGAUCACAAUAAAGCUCCACAACCAUCCCUUGGACAUCUGGUUUCCCCAUGUGUACAACUCUGUCCCCAGCCUAUUCAUACGCAGUAUGGUCCGGCACAAGGGUUUUGUGUGGAUGUAUGAUGUAAUCAUACUGAUCAAUGCUGUAUUCAUUGCACUGGAUGAGAAGAAUCCUUAUAUUUCCUAUGCAGAAUGGGUAUUCCUUUGUCUAUAUAUAAUUGAGAUCCUUCUCAAGUUGUACACCUAUGAACCCAGGACCUUUUUUGCAAGGAACCAGUUCUGGAAUUGGUUUGAUACUUCUAUAAUUAUUGCUGCAUUGAUAGCAACGGUACUCAACACUGCACUUAAGACAGUGACUAUAUACAACAGCCAGCAAGUACUGGAUAUUGUGUUCAUCCUACGGGUUCUUAGGCUUAUAAGAAUUAUUGACAGUAUACAAAGGUUUCGCGUCAUCAUGAAUACCCUAAUAAACAUCAUACCUACCAUGCUGACCUUUGGUGGGUUGGCUCUGGUGGUGUAUUACAUGUUUUCCAUAGUUGGGAUGGAAAUCUUUAAUGGGAAAGUCAAGUUCUUUGCUGGAAAUACAACUGCACAGCAUGCCCUGUAUUGUGGAAAUCCUUCUCUUAAAGAUACUACAUUUGCUCGAGCCAAGUAUUGCAAGAAUAACUUCAACGAUAUUGCAUCUUCAUUCAUUGUACUGAUGGAAUUAACUGUUGUCAACCAAUGGCAUGUCAUCGCCAGUGGAUUUGCCCUUGUGACUCACCAGGCAGCAAAGCUGUACUUCAUCACCUUUCAUAUUGUCGUCGUUAUUAUGAUUAUUAACAUCUUCAUAGCAUUUAUUCUGGAAGCUUUCUUUGUGGAAUACUCCCUUGAAAAAAGUGAAGUUGAAACUGCCAUUGAGAAGAAGAUCCAAGAACUUGGUGUAGGGAUUCAAGAGGAUGAACUGCUGGAUGGUAAACUGUUAGACAACAUGGAAACCAGUGAAAAUGAUCUUGGAGGUGAAGACGGAACAGCAACCAAGAAAAAACUUAAAGGACUGAUGUUUAAAAUUGCAUCCAAAAGAUACAGAACUGUAGAUGCUUUACUUCAGCGCAUGUUUGAAGCAGAGAUACCUCCAGAAGAAGAAGGGCCUUCACUGGAUGAGAUCUUAAACCUUUCUCCAGAUGAUGCUUACCCAAAAAAACCAAACCUUUGACAAUGCUGCAUAACAUGGAGAAUGAAGGGAAGCAACUGGAAAUUCUCUUUAUAAACAAAGACCUCUUUGGCUCAUUAACUACCAUUUUCAUAGCUGACACCAGGGUCAUUGACCACCUGCAACUUAGAGUCAGUUACUGGUGCUGUCAUCUUUGAUUCCCCUCCAUCCACCCAUGAAGAAGACAUUUCAAAGUUAUCAGUAUUUUUAAAAAUUAUAUAAAUUGUGGAAAAUGUGGUAUUUUUAAAGGAAAAGAGCACACUGAUAUGCCUAAAAUACCUGACUCUCUUUGGGCAUCUAGCAUAUUAGACCUAAAUACACAGUAUUAAACUUGUAUAAAAGCUAUUAUAAAAUGUCUAAUACUUAACUCAGUAAACCAGUUACCUGUAGUGAUGAUUUUCUUGGCUGCAUUUGUCAACCAGGAGUGGGGCAAAGGGAAAAGACACUAAUAAAUGUAUAAAGUCUAAACUGUU